AUGUCAACAAUCGGCACAACAGCAAUUCAAACAACAGCACCAAACUCGUUAGUCAUGAAUCCAACAUCUAUGUUAGUAGAGAUGAAAAGCUUCAUUCCUUCUUCAUAUACUUUCGAAACAGAAAUCCAGAAGAUAAAGCAAGAACUGUUAACAAGUAAUUUAGACUGUAGUGCGAAAGAUGAACAAAAUGAACAGUAUCUUUACGACAUGCAGGAUAUUAUUGACCAUCUACCUAAACUUCCUGAAAUCCAACAACAAAAGCUUACUAUUCCAGAAUUCGAUGAAAUAGAAGUCGGACUGACUGACUCAGUAGAAAUAAAGAAGUUCAUACGAAAGGUAAAUUAUGAGUUCCUUGGUUUUCAUUGCAACCAUAAGGUUAUGGACAAAGAUUGCGAUAUGGUAUAUAAAAAUAUUUCUGACAUAUAUAAAUCGGAGGAGUUUAAGACCUACGACAACUUUGUUUCGUUAGUUGCUGAAUGUGUAUGGCAGAUAAGAGAUAAAGAUAGAAGAG